AUGAACUUCUACAUUUUCGUCUCGGAACCAUUGGAAUUAGGAAGAUGUGCAAACCUAGUUUGGGUUUGCCAUGUAAGUAUCUAGAAAUCGCAAUUCAAAAAAAAAACCCCGGAUAUUUCAGUUUCCCACAAAAUCGACAUUUCUUGAGAAGAAUCAAUUUUAUCACAAGUGUUCAGAAGUUGGAACAUACUAUGGUUUUCCUAUCGAAUGCCAUGAGGAAACAACAUCUGCAACAAUUCAACUCAAUUCAAAUAUGUCGAUCAGACCAACAGUAAGUUUUGAAUUGAUGUCAUUUUUUCAAUAUUGCAACUGAAACGUACCACGCCCAGCUUCGUGCAAAUUAAAGAAACAACCUUUUUGACGGAAAAAUACCACUUUUUAACGGAAAAAACCAAGCAAAAAUUUGCUGUUUUUCAAGAAAAUCUCAAAUUGGCGAGGUGAAUUUCCGUAAACUUUUAUUGGCGCCGUGCAUAUGCCUCACCCUGGGCGUGGUAUGAACUGAAAUAGUCAUCAAAGUUUUCCAUCAUAUUUUGAACCGGCUGAAAUUGGUUUUCAAUAACAAAGAAAAAGAAAAAUUGGAAAAGUUCAAAAUACAUCUUCCAGAUCCAAGAAAAUGUUUUUAUGAAUCGCUCAUCAUGCCCAAUGAAUCAAUUCAAGCAAUUGUCGAGCAAAAAGCAAACAAUGUGA